AUGGCUACAUUUUCGCGUCUAGUUCGCUUUAUUGCCAAAGAUGGGUCGACCUACUACGGCGAUGCUAUUCUGCCAUCUGGAACAAGCGACAUUGCGCGCGCAACGACAGCUCGAGUGAUCACAGGCGAUAUUUUCGGCCAGCAUCAGGUCACAGACCGGAUCGUCGAGAUCAAGAAGCUGCUUUCUCCGCUGUCUCGACAGGAUAUAAAAUCAGUGCGGUGUCUGGGACUCAACUAUGAACAACACGCAAAGGAGUCCAAUGCGCCAAUCCCCAAAUAUCCAGUCCUGUUCUUCAAGCCCCUAACAUCAAUCUCCGGUCCUUCAGAUGACAUUCCUGUCUCGGCUAUGGCUCAGGAAAUCGAAGGCCUGGAUUAUGAGUGUGAAUUGGUCAUAGUCAUUGGUAAGGAGGCCAGAGACGUGCCCGAGUCGCGUGCCUUGGACUAUGUUCUGGGCUAUACCGUGGGCAACGACGUUUCUCAUCGCGACUGGCAGUUGAAGCGAGGCAGUGGUCAAUGGGCGCUGGGCAAAGGCUUUGAUGGAUGGGCACCCAUUGGACCGGGAAUUGUUUCUUCAAAGUUGAUUCAAGACCCCAACGCUCUCCAGAUAUCAACGAAGCUGAAUGGCAAGACUGUUCAGUCCUCCAACACCAAGGACAUGAUCUUUGGCGUUGCUCAGACGAUUGCCUUUCUUUCCCGGGGGACUACCCUGCUCCCUGGUGAUGUUAUAUUCACCGGAACCCCUCAAGGCGUGGGAAUGGGCCGGCAGCCGCAACUAUGGUUAAAGGACGGAGACACGGUGGAAGUGGCACUCCAAGAUGUAGGAUCCUGCGUCAAUCGCGUAGUAUACGCCAAGCCGGUUGCAAAGCUUUGA